AUGUAUAGUGACCAGGGAGAAGACUUCAUAUACAUUCCACUGUUCGCAGGAAUUGGGAAUGGAGCGAUAGGGACACAGUAUGAUUGGAAUCUAACCUAUGCUCCCCAGCCAGCUACAAACAACAGGUCAAUUGCCAUACCACUUGGUAAAAUUGUAGGCGGUGGUUCUUGUUUGAAUAAGAUGACUUUCGAUCUUGCUGGAAAAGAAGACUAUGAUCGUUGGAUAGAAGUAGGAGCAGUUGGUUGGAAUGAACUCUUUCCAUAUUUCAAGAAAACCCGCUCAAAUUCUAGAACCGCUUAUUGGAAUAGUGCAAGUAAUCGAACCGAUUUGCACCUCUUAACGGGACAACAGGUGACGAAACUGAUCACUAAAGUAAAUAACGAUGGGGUUGCAAUCAUUGGUGUAGAGUAUGCAGCUGGCUCCAAUUUUUCAAGAUCAACCGUAAUUGCGGCGAAGGAGGUAAUUCUCGCAGCUGGUGCUAUCCAUUCACCUCGGCUGCUCCAACUCUCUGGAAUUGGAAGCUCUCCUUUACUUGAACAAUUCGAUAUCGAAACUGUGGUGCACUUGCCAGGAGUUGGGGCGAAUUUCCAAGAUCAUCCAUUGCUCAGAGCUAGUACCACGUUGGAUAUUUACCUUUCCGCGAACAAUUUGACCAGUAAUGCGACUUUCAAUGCCGAGAUGCUAGCAUUAUAUAGGCAUAACAGAACUGGUCCAUACUCGAUAGAAGGGGGAGGCGCAUAUGCAUUUAUUGGAACCCGUUCCUUCACCAAUACAACUUCACAGAUUGUAUCCUCCGCUUCAUCUAUCACCCCAGCAUCAUAUUUACCAUCCGAUGUCGACUCGACUAUCUUGGCAGGAUAUGAAGCUCAAUACAAAAUCCUCACUCGAGAUCUCGCAUCCAACAAAAUGCCAAUAAUGGAAUUCAUUUUCGGAGGAGGACCAGUUUUUUCUGGUCUUCAGCAUCCAUUUUCCCGUGGAUCGGUCGCGAUCACAUCCGCCGAUCCUUUCACUUCCCCAUCAGCAAAUCCUGGAUUCCUUACUCAUCAGACAGAUCUGCUUCUAUUAAGCGCUGCAACUAAGUAUGCUCGUAGAAUAAUCAACACACCAAUAUUCGCACCGCUAUCGCCGGUUGAGACAGUACCAGGCCCGAGUGUACAAACAGAUGCGGAUUUUGAGGCAUGGGUUCGUUCGACUAUUGGAACGACAUUCCAUCCGAGUGGCACUACCUCUAUGAUGAAGAGACAUUAUGGAGGAGUUGUGGAUUCCAAUUACAAGGUAUAUGGGGUCAAUAACUUGAGAGUAGUUGAUGCGGGUACUUUUCCAAUGAUACAGAGUGCGCAUUUACAAGUGACUGUGUAUGCUAUGGCUGAGAGAGCUUCCGAUGCCAUUAAGAAGUCGUGA